AUGCCGUGGAGUCUCCAAGAGCCAGCUAUGAGGAUAAUGGCACACCGACUCAACCGACGGAUCUUCUGCAUUACUGCCGAAGCGGUGAGUCCUGAGCUACUGCAAGCCGGAGACGAUCUCGAUUCGACCGGUCAUGCCUUCUACACAGAUCUAUACACCAUGAUCGACACGCUCCCGUUGCCCUACAAGCUUAUCUUGAUGGACAACACCUUCGGACUGGGGGUGCCGCUGCUUUGGAAGCUGCAGUCGCGCCUGAAGCACAUCCUGGCAGUGAACACCAGCUGGGUCUUCAGGCUUGGCUUCGUGCACAGCAGCACGCACAAGGUCUUGGCCGACCGUGCUGCAAGCCUCAAGACUUUGGCGGAGCAGAGGGACAUCAAGGGCAUGGUCAAGGCUUGCGGCGACUUCAUUUUGGCCCCUCGGCCGGAGUGCACCAUCAUUGUUGAAGGCGCAGUUGCCUUCGAGCGCGCAGUGGCGGAUACUUGGCACAUCUACAACGAGUACGAAGCCGGACUGGCAUCCGCAUCGGACAACUUCUGGCAGAGCCUUGGAGAGGCAGAUGAUUACACUUACUCGGCGACCGAUCCCAGGUUGUCCCACAUGCAGCCGUGGCGGCCAGAGCAUUCCAUUGAUAUUGUCCUUGCCUACGGCAGCCAUACCCCCACGUUGGCUGUGCAAGAUGCAACGUUCAAUUUGCAGGAGAUGCUUCCUGGAUCGCUGACAGCAGUCAUUGCGCAGAGCUCAUGGCUUUGGCAACUCGAAGGCCAUGUCCUGCCAUGA